AUGGCGUUUGAGGGGGGCCCCCCCCCCUUCCCCGAGGCCCUCGCCUCUUGCCUGGCCUACCACGGGGGCCCCCUCGAGCUCAACGCGGCCCUGGCCAUGCAGUGCGUCGACGCAUGCAGCAGCAGCAGCAGCAGCAGCAGCUACUUGCUGGACCCCGAGGGCAUGUACAGGGCUCUGGAGCUGGUGGAAAUAUGCGUGAAGAACAACGGCUUAGAUUUCGCGCGGCAUAUGGACGAGCACUUCUUGCGGUCUAUGGCCAAAGUCCUCAAGAUUACAACCUUCAAGCGGUCGCUCACGAAGGACGUGAAGGACAAAAUAAACAAAAUCAUUGGAGGGCCCUUCGUACACCCUGGCGUCGCCACUGACCCGAGGAUCCACAAGCUAAAGCGCAAGGUCCUCUUCAUGUUCCAGCUGUGGCAUGACUCCUUCGUGCUUCAACAAGAAAGAUGCCCAGCGAUUUUUGCUAUGUACAGGAAGCUUCGAAGCAAAGGCGUGGAGUUCCCUCAAGUCGACCGCUCGCACAAGUUCUUCGUGAAGAACGCGGAGGUAAACCCUAGCCCCAAACCCUAA